AUGUGUGUGGGGCAGAACAAGGAGGAAAGGCGGCAAGUGAAACUUUGUGGUAGUCAUAUGCUCUCACUACCGAGUGAGCUUCCAGAGGUGGAGGCACCACUGGUUUGGAACACUGCUCUGGAAUCUUCACCUCCUUCACUCUUGGGUAUCAUUCCUUGUUUCAAGAAACCUAAGCACUUACAGAGUCUGAUGCUUAUACAUUGGCCCUUGAUCUACCUUGUCACAGUUUGGAUCUUGCAGCCAUUUGUCAUUUUUCUACUGUUUACACUGUGGCCUCUACCAGCCCUUUACUUUGCGGUUUUCCUGGACUGGAAGACCCCAGAGCAAGGUGGUAGAUAUUCAGCCUGGGUACAGAACUGGAGUGUAUGGACCCACAUCAGAGACUAUUUCCGCAUUACAAUCCUGAAGACCAAGGACCUGUCACCUGAGCACAACUACAUCAUGGUUCACCCUCAUGGCCUCUUGAUCUUCGGUGCCUUCUGAAACUUCUGUACUGAGGCCACAGGCUUUUCAAAAACCUUCCCAGGCAUCAUGUCCCACUUGUCCAUGUCCUGGUUUUUCAGGAUCCCCUUUGUUAGAGACUAUCUCAUGGCCAAAGGUGUGUGCUCCAUGAGUCAGGCAGCCAUCAACUACCUGCUAAACCAUGGCACUGGCAACUUCGUGGGCACUGUCAUGGGAGGGGUGGGAGAGGCCCUGUAAAGUGUGCCCAGUGUCACCACCAUCCUCCUCCACAAGUGCAAGGGGUUUGUUUGCACACCCCUCUGGCACAGGGCUCAUCUGGUCCCCACCUUCACUUUUGUAGAAACUGAGGUGUAUGAUCAGGUGCUGUUCCAUAAGGACAGCAGGAUGUACAAGUUCCAAUGCCUCUAAGACAUUAUCUUCGGCUAUUUUUGUGUCUUCUAUAGACGAGGCUUCUACCAAGGCUGCAGUGGGCUCCUGCCUUACCCACUGCCUAUCAUUACUGUGGUUGGGGAGCCUCUGACACUGCCCAAAAUUUAAAAUCUGAGCCUAGAGAUGGUAGACAAAUACCACACACUCUAUACAGAUGCCCUGCACAAACUGGUUGACCAGCAUAAGAUAUACUAUGGCCACUCAGAGCCCCAAAAGCUGCUUUUCCAGUGA